CUCAUUGCUUCUCUUCACCUUCGACGACCAUCACUCUGUCACCUUUCAUUCUCUCUUUUCCCUCUGACGAUGCGGUGGCCAGUCAGCGCCUUGCUUGGGGCCGCCUUCAUCGUUGUCGCUGUCGUCGCUCAGGAUGGUAAUAAUAGCUCGACGUCCUCAAGCUCGACCCAGACAUCUGCUUCGACGUCCCGGUCUUCCUCGUCCGGAUCAUCAUCGGCGGCGUCGUCGUCGGCAUCAGCAUCAGCAUCUUCUGCAUCACUUUCUCUCUCGCUCACAACGAGCUCCAGGACUAUCACGACCUCAACAAGCACUAAUGGCCAAAACUCACAGUAUACGACAGUUGUUCCUACGACCUUUAACGUUACAUAUACCGCUACACCCACCUCUUCUUCAGCGUCAUCUUCUGCUGCGUCAAGCGCUAGCGCCUCGGCUUCAGCCUCAGCAACGCCUAUAACCCUUGAUACCAAACUAGACCCCGCUUUUGGAGUGUUGGGUGCCAUUCUUAUCCUCACCGGUCUUCCUUCUGCUUUCUGGGGCCACAAAAACCGCUGGUCAUCCUUUUUCCUUAUCGGUUUCUAUACCUUGUCGCUCGUCUGCUUCGUCCUGAUCAUCAGGUUUGGUGUCCUCGAAGCCGUGAAUCCUCCCACCGAGACAGUUCGUGGCAUGUUCGUCCUUGCUUGCUCAGUAGCCGGUAUUGCCGGAGGUGCUAUUGCUAUAUUCUUCUGGAAGGCAGCGAGGUACUGCAUUGGUGCAUGGGGUGGUCUGGCAUUCUCUUGGUGGAUACAAUGCUUCCGCAAUGGCGGUCUCAUCAGUUCUGUGGGACUUCGCUGGAUACUCUACAUAGGGUGCGCUGUAAUUGGCUUUGUCCUGUCUACGAUCCCGAAGAUCCACUACCAUAUAGUCCUUAUUUCCACGGCUUUCGUGGGUGCUUCCGCUUUGAUGCUAGGCGUUGAUUGUUAUACUACCGCGGGACUAAAAGAGUUCUAUGUAUGGAAUCUGGGCUUUCGUUCUCUAUUUCCGAAAUUUCAGGACAACGGCAUUCGGUACCCGGUCUCGCAGACGAUUCAGAUCGAGCUUGGCCUGCUUGGGGCGGUGGCGCUCAUGGGGGCGGCUGUGCAGUUGAGAAUUCUCAGCGUGUUGCAACACAAGCUGAAGGAAAUCUCUCAGGAACAACAGAAGCAAAAUGCCGAUGCAGAGCAGAAUGCGGCUGGGCGGUUCAAUGUUGUGCUACGUGAAAGGGCUCAAUGGGAGAAAGAACAUGGGCAUGGACGGGUAGAGAGUGGGUAUUCGAGUAUGCCACUCAUGAAGGAUCAGGACGGGUCGUCUUCACCGGUGACGCCUGAUGGUCGUUCGGUGGAUUACCAGGACGCAGUCAGGCAACGAUACCAAAGCGGUGUAUCAGACUUCAUGACUGCACCCAUCCCAGAAGAUGAACUGCGCCGCGCAACCUCGCGUAGUCUGCAAGGCCCUGGUGCGCUGCCGGCACUUGAUCUAGGUCUUGGAAUCGAGAAUGAUGUACCGACGUCAUUUAUCACAAAGGAUGUCUCUCCCGCCUCCCCCGCUACCGACAAAGUGCCCAAGAAACAGCUGUCGGCCGCACAACUGGAGGCUAUGAAGAAGAAGGAGGAUUUGGUUGCCGAAAUUGAGAACAUUCGGAAAUCAAUCGAGGCACUGAGAGGGGAGACACCUACGACAAGUGCUUCCAACUCAAGGGGACCGAGUAUCAGAGCGUAUGACGCCGCGACUUCCUUAUUGCUUCCUGCUCCGUCACAUUCAAGGCCUCCUCGAGAACCCGCACCGAGAGGCAGGGUACGGUCUCUGGACUAUCUAGGAUCGGAAAUACUUGGGGAAAGUAUAAGUCGGCCGACUAGCGUACCACUCAGGGAUCCAGAUUGGGACGCGUAUGUUCAAGACCGGAAACUACUACAACCUCCGCGAGGCGUCACGCCACCGAUCGGUGUUACAAAAAUACAGAUGUCGCCUGCGGUUGCAGAAGCCCUCAAGGACAGGAAGAGAAGGGAGACUUCGCUUGGAUAUGCGGGACCCAGUGGAAGCGGAGGCGCAACAGAUUCCAGUGAAGACGUUCCGAUAGCAAGGAAAAUGCACCGACGAUCCACUUCUGCAGGUACGAAUGCGUAUCUAUAUCCGCCUGCGCCUCAGCCGGAGCGCGAACCUCCCGUCAUGAUUCUUCCUCCUAAGAAGAUCGUUGCACCAACGCCACAACGCCCAGUCACCACGAGAACGAGAACGUUUGAGGAGUUGGCUGAGAGACAUCGGGAGAAGAUGCGAGAUUUGCAGGGACCUGUGACGAAUGCGAACCGAGAGCAUGCAGAACUCGAAGCCGCGAAAGCUCGGUGGGAAAAGAGUCGGGCGGCUGAGCGGGAGGCAAUGAAGAGGAGGGAGACUGAGCGGGAAAGAGAGCUUCGGAAGCGGCGGGAGGCUGGUGAGAAGGACGGCGAAAAGACGGAGAAGAGGCGCGCCAGCGACGGCCAUAAGAGAAGCCUAAGUGCAGAUCGACUGGCGCAGUUGGGAACCGGAGGAUCUCAUUCGAGGCGGUUAUCCACGAUGAAGGUCGAGGAUUGGCAGCGAUACCAGCAAGAAGUCGCGCCGGAGAACGUCGAGAAGGAGCGCCCUGGUCGGAGAGAGAGCCGGCGACAAAGCGGAGUACCUUUUCCUGAUGACAAGCAUGUCAGAAGGAAAAGUCGCGAACCUCUGAGUUGAGGCGAAAGGUGAUCACGAACCUAUUUUGUUCCUUAUUAUUCUUGGACUUUGAUUUGUCUAGCAUUUUUCACAUUAGUAUUGUAUUUGGGACACCUCCACUCGUUUAGUCGACAAUUUCCAUGGACAUUGAGCACAAGCACUACGCUAGAAUAUUGCAUAUUUCGUCUUUGAUAUUGUUGUAUGAGUCCCAGUUGUAUAUGCCAAUCAGAGAGUGUGUAUAGUAAAUAGAUUCUCUGAUGACUUGAUUUGGGCUGUCCGGUUGCGCCUCAAUUGAUGGGCAGCGGUACACGUACGUGACUUACAAUGGAAGAUUUGAAUGUAAAUGUGUAUCCUGCGAAGUUCUUCU